CACGUCGUCUGCUUCUGCCUACGUGCAGGGGUUUUCUUCGUCUGUUGCACGCCAGCUCACAGAUCUCAGUCUUUGGAAUGUAUUCCACUCAGUCAGUUGUAAAGGGGAGGCACUGGCGUCAACGACGGGAGAAACCCAUGCAGGUACCGGCGUUCAGGUUCUUCUCCAGUAAGACUUGAGGAUUGAAGGGACGCCAGGCGUUACGACCGUGCCUUGAAGUAGGACUUGUCCGAACACGCUUUAGUGUUGCUAAGACUGGAGUGCCGUCGCUUCUGCCUUUGGUAGGCACAGUGCGUCGAGUUUGGUCACCAAAGAGACUAUCUUUUCUGUGAUAUACCUGCCAUCGAUCACACCAUGGUGCAAAUAAAAGAGCUUCCGAGCAUCUUGUCGGAGCACGUAGAGGACAGUCUGUGCGCCCACCAGCAACAAGCAGCACGUCAACAGCAGGCUGCAAGGCGCAGACGAAAGAAGAAGAAGCGGACAGGGUCUAGCUUGGCAGCCAGCAACUUCUCUGACCUGUACCGUCUCACUGGGGAGGUCUUGGGAGAAGGGGCCUAUGCUUCCGUGCAGACCUGCAUCUGCCUUUACACUGGCAAAGAGCAUGCUGUUAAGAUCAUUGAGAAAGAGCCCGGCCACAGCAGGGCACGCGUGUUUAGAGAAGUGGAAACAUUCCAUCACUGUUCCGGCCAUAAGAACAUCAUCCAACUCAUUGAAUUCCUUGAAGAUGAAAACAGAUUUUUCUUGGUGUUUGAGAAGAUGCGCGGGGGUCCACUCCUGCGGCACCUGCAGCAGCGCGUGAUGUUUACGGAGCACGAGGCUAGUCUGGUUGUGCGGGAUGUCGCGGAGGCGCUGCGGUAUCUGCACGCCAAGGGUAUUGCUCACCGGGACCUCAAGCCCGAAAACAUCCUCUGCUUCAGCACUGACCAACUGUGCCCUGUCAAGUUGUGUGAUCUGGACCUCGGCUCUGGAGUUGUCCUCCCCCCUUCAGCAGCUGCCACACCACCUACAACACCAGAGCUGCAAACGCCCGUGGGGUCAGCCGAGUUCAUGGCUCCUGAAGUUGUGGAGGCGUUUGUUGGAGAGGCCAACACUUACGACAAGCGCUGUGAUAUGUGGAGUCUUGGUGUGAUUGUGUACAUCCUGUUGUGUGGCUACCCUCCGUUCUACGGCCGAUGCGGCAGCGAGUGCGGCUGGGAGAAAGGAGAGUUCUGCCAGGCAUGUCAGGACCAGCUUUUCGUCUCUAUCCAAGAAGGCUGCUACGAGUUCCCUGAGCGCGAGUGGGGGUCGAUAUCUGCCGAGGCCAAGGACCUGAUUACGCACCUUCUCGUCAAGGAUGCAUCUCGGCGCUACACCGCUGAGGCAGUGCUUGCCCACCCCUGGGUCUCUCACGGAGGUCCCACCACCGCCCUCCAUACUCCAUCUGUCAUUCGGAGGAACAACAGUGCUCGUGACCUGGCAGUGUUUGCGGAGAGCGCCAACGCUGUGAAGCGGCUCGUCCAGCACCAGAUGGCGUGGAGCAUGGAACUCCGCAGGAGCACACACUCUGCGACAGGAGCGGACUCCUUCAUGACGACCAUCCCUGCCACCCCGGACCCAUCGCCCCCUUUUGGGCUGUCACCGCCCAGCGAGUCCAAGUUAGCACAACGCCGCAAGUUCGGACGCAGCCUCAGCCUUAGCCACGGGUCGAACGAAUCCAUCACGGGCUCUGGCUAAGUGGUUCUUUUUUUUUUAACAUCGGAGCACACUUUUCAGACAAAAAAAAUGAUGCAUGUAACACACACUUAGGUGGGGGGGGAUUUGAGGACGUUUUCUCCUUGCUCUCGCCUUAAUUCUGUCGGCCUUUUUUUCCCCUCCAUCUCGUACCGGUUUAUUUUUGAUCUGCUUAAGUGUCUGUAUUGUUUCAUUGAGUAUCUUCGAGAAAGAAAAAAAAAACAAAAAAAAAUGAAAUUAUACGGGGUCGGGGGAAAAUGUUGCAGCAAGGUUUCGUCCACUUUUGUGCUGUCUCGCAGCUGUUUCUCUUCAUUUAUUGUGUUGUUAGCAUUCGUUCUCAAAUGGGGUAGCGGGUACGAAGCCUUGAAAGAGUGGAGCACGGUUUUGUACCCGGGAAUACCCGGAUGUGAUGGGAACAAGCGAAGCAGGGCUGUGGAAGGGGAGAGGAGUUUUCACUUCCAUAAUCUCCAGUGCUGUACCGCCUGCCUGCCCUUUUGUUUUAUACUUUUAAGUGUCUUUUUUUUUUUUUUCUUCUUCCCGCUAUUCUUUUGGAAGCCAAAGACAGGCUCUCAGAGUUUACUUUUUCUCCUUCUGGACUUCAUCUUUCACUGCAUCAUCAUUGUGUUGUGUACAGUGAUACAGUAGGUUCUUUCGGGGUGAGUUUUGUGGGAAUUGUCGCUUCAUAUCUGGUGUAUACCUCUGGUGUGUGUGGGCACCUUCGAAGACAGUCCCCAACACCAGGGUUACCAUUUUUUGAUCAUCGGCGAAGUUGCCCGGGUAACCGGGAGGAGGAAUUACUUUGUGGUGGUUUGUUGGAGGUAUGGGCGAUCGGUUCUGGCCUCCUGAAUCGGGUGUAUCAUGUCUAAUGCCCCCCUGUCAGACCGGCAAUCUUCAAUGACAGUUGAAAUGAACGACCACUGGACGUGUGUGCAGCACCACCAAGCAUGUAGCCUGUCAUAGGAACCAACGGUCGUUGAGAAGUUUACUGGUUACACGCUUGGUGGCGCUACGUGUGUGUUGAAUGGCCAAUGAUUUGAGGUACCAUUGAAGACUGCCCCUGUGACAGGGGCGUAAGUGCUCUGUCCAUGCUUGUUGAAUCUGAGAGCCUAUCUGCCCUUCCAUUCUUGUUCUGUCCUCUCAUACGAUCAGCUACCAAAAUCUUGCAAACACACACACACACAGACGCUUGACAAUAUAAACUGCUAAGCAAAAAACGGACGUCGCACCACAAGAAGCACUUCGAUUUUCUUCCGCUACAGAAAAAAGAAAUUGUCGUCCAUCGUAUCUGUGAUAAGUCCCCCUUUUUUUUUACAAAGCUGUUGCCAUAGUGCCAAAAUCUGAGUUCCACGUAGAAGUGGUCGCUGCACAAAGGAGAAGCGUGACCUUAUAUAAUGUUUCAUAAAGAAUAAAGCAGUCCAUUACUACUAAGGAGGUCGGUUUUUCACUAUGAUACCAGAGAAGUCGCACACAUACUUUUUUUUUUUUCUGUGCCCCCUUAGCACUUCCUAUCAUAUUGAUAAGGAAGAGUUGUCUCUCGCUGAAGAGUUGUCUUUGCGGCGUCUCCACCAGUCACCCCCUCAGUGCUCGGCAAACUUUUGUGUGCGGUUUGGUGUUUUGGGAGUACGACCACUUUUCCACGACAGAUCCCGCAGGGUGUGCCGAGUGCGUGCUGAAGUACAAAGAAAAAGAUGUUUUUUGUUUUUUUAUUUGGUGGAUGUACGACUGCUGAGAAUGACUUACGGAAAAUAAAGUUCAUGCCAGUGCA